AUGUCGUGGAUUCAAAAUCUGAAAAAUUAUCAACACUUACACGACUCGGCGGAGUAUAUGAAACAGGUUUAUGGUGAUCCAUUGGCAUAUUUGAAAGAGGAUACAAAGUUUGUUACUGAAAGAGAAUAUUAUGAAGAUUAUGGAUAUGGAGAAUGUUUCAAUUCACAAGAUACUGAAGUUCAGGUAACAAUUUUUUGGAAUUUGUUUUACACAUUUUUCAAAAAAAUAUAUACUACAUUGAACUAUUGUAAAAAAAACCUAACAUAAGUCUCGGCUCUGUUCGGAAAUAAAGGGUUUUAGAGAAAAUAAAGGGUUUUAGAGAGAAUAAAGGGUUUUUCAGAAAAUAAAGGGUUUUUCAGAAAAUAGAGGGUUUUUCCGAAAAUAAAGGGUUUUUCAGAAAAUAAAGGGUUUUACAGAAAAUAAAGGGUUUUUCAGAAAAUAAAGGGUUUUAGAAAAACAAAAAGGUUUUAUAGGGGUAAAAAUAUCUGAAAAAGAAAAGUAAUUUUUGUCUAUUGGAAAUUUACUAAGCCUAAGCCUUUAUUCCAGAGCAGCACGAACAUAAAAAUUGAAUUUUUAAAGCUUUCCUAGCAUUCAAAGCUUAGGCUUAGUGAGGUCCUGUAAACUACAGAUCCACAUCAAGUUAAGAAAUUUCAGUCAGAUAAUAGAUAGUUGAUAAAAUUGACUAACUUUUGGACUUAUUAUUGGGGAGUUCUUUUUACUUUUUCAGGCUCUUAAAACCAUUUUUUCUUGAAAAACCCUUUAUUUUCUGUAAAACCCUUUAUUUUCUGAAAAAACCCUUUAUUUUCGGAAAAACCCUCUAUUUUCUGAAAAACCCUUUAUUUUCUGAAAAACCCUUUAUUUUCUGAAAAACCCUUUAUUUCCUGAAAAACCCUUUAUUUUCUCUAAAACCCUUUAUUUUCUCUAAAACCCUUUAUUUCCGAACAGAGCCUAAGUCUCUACCCUAUUUUAUUCUUUUAUACUUUUUAGUGUGAACUUAUAACUGGAGAAUUUGAUCCAAAACUUCUACCAUACGAUAAGCGUUUGGCAUGGCAUUUCAAAGAAUUUUGCUACAAAACAUCAGCUCACGGAAUUCCAAUGAUUGGCGAAGCGCCAAAUUUAUAUUAUCGAACAGUUUGGGUUCUUCUUUUUCUUGGUUGUAUGAUUAUGUUGUAUUUGAAUGCUCAAUCUGUUUGGGUUAAAUAUAACAGAAAUGAGAAAAUUGUCGAUAUUCAAUUAAAAUUUGGUGAGUUCCAGAAACAUAUUCUGUUAAUUCAAAAUCAUUAUUUUUUAGAUACUGCCCCAUUCCCAGCUAUCACCUUAUGCAACUUGAAUCCAUAUAAAGCCAGUUUGGCAACAAAUGUUGAUCUUAUUAAACGAACAUUAUCAGCUUUUGAUGGCGCAAUGGGUAAAGCUGGAGGUAGCAAUUCCACAGCUCCAGCGACCCCACCAACUACGGAAGCCCCAACAACAACAACGCAAAAACCAAGACGACGUGGUAAAAGAUCAACUGAUGAGUUUUCAACGACUAGAUUUAGACGAUCAAAUGAUGCAUUUUUUGAACCUGGUUAUGCCAAAUGCAUUUGCGGUGAAGGUUCGAGUGAAGAUGUUGAUGGCGGCGAUGAAGAAACAGUUAUUGAGACAACAACUCCGAAACCCUAUGAUAUUUUCUGUGAGUUUGAAUUGAAAUUAAGUGAGGGGAAAAAUAGAUAUCAGUUAGCAUUAAGGAAAAUAUAGAUCUUACUGAUUAUUUACAGCGUAUGAUCAAAUAAAAAGCGAAGAAGAACUAGAAGAAGAGGAUAAUUAUGAAAAUGCUGAUAUUGCACAAAAAGACAAUAGUAAAAUGGAAGUUGGAUGCUCAUCAAAAGACACAAUUACUGAAGAACCUACAGGUCCCGAUGAUAAAUGUAUUUGUGCUUUUGAUCGAGCAACUAAAGAUGCUUGGCCUUGUCAUUUAGCUCCAUUAUGGAAACCCUCUGAAUGUGACAAUUGUCAAUUGAAUCGAAUUUGUCAAAUGUCCUCGAAUCAAACAAGUGAGUUUCUUAUGAUUAAUAAAAUUGAAAAAAUGUGAAAUACAACAUGAAUUUUCAUAGAAAAGGGUCAUCGAUCGGAAUGUUUAUGUUCACCAAGUGGAAAUUAUUGUGUUGCCUAUAAUAGCAAAGUAGUACCUCUUGAUAUCUGGUCUUGGUUGGCUGGCGUUUCACCAACAGAAGAUGCUAAUUUCCUCGAAGCUAUGGGUUUUCAGGUAUCUCGAUACUGUUUUCGAAACUAAUAAAUCCAAAAUUGUGAAUCUUCAGGGAAUGACUGAUGAAGUUGCAAUUGUCACUAAAGCCAAAGAAAAUAUUAUGUUUGCUAUGGCAACUUUGUCAAUGGCAGAUAGAGAAGCAUUGAGUAAUACCAAAAAGGAAUUGGUGCAUAAGUGCUCAUUCAAUGGAAAAGCUUGUGAUAUUGAUAAGUAAGAAUUUUAAUAAACAUUCUCUGAAACAAUACCACUGUUCCAGAGACUUUUUGACUCAUAUCGAUCCAGUAUUCGGAUCUUGUUUCACAUACAAUCACGAUAGAUCAGUAAACUUAACAAGUAUUCGAGCAGGUCCAAUGUAUGGUCUUCGUAUGCUGGUUUAUGUUAAUGCAUCUGAUUAUAUGCCAACAACUGAAGCAACUGGAGUUCGUCUAACUAUUCAUGAUAAAGAUGAAUUUCCGUUUCCGGAUACUUUUGGAUAUUCAGCUCCAACUGGUUAUGUCAGUUCAUUUGGUUUGAGAUUGGUUAGUUCGAAGGGUCAUGUUUUGAAAAUCCUUGUACUUUAUUUUCAGAUAAAUUGUAAUGUUCGACAGUCAUUUUCGCAUAUUAUCACAAACUAAAAUGUUUUUUUUUUCAGCGAAAAAUGUCACGUCUCCCUGCACCUUACGGAGAUUGCAUAACUGAUGGAAAAACAGCUGAUUACAUUUAUCAGAAUUAUACAUAUUCAGUCGAAGGUUGUUAUCGAUCUUGUUUCCAACAAUUGGUUUUGAAAGAUUGUCAUUGUGGAGAUCCUAGAUUCCCGGUUCCAAAAAAUAAGAAACAUUGUUCAGCUUCGGAUCCGACUGCUAGUAAGACAAAAAAACCCAAUAAUGAUAAAUGAAAAGAUGAAUUUACAUUUUAUUACUUUUAGGAAGAUGUUUAGAUCAACGAAUGAAUGAUUUGGGAGGUUUGCAUAGUUCAUUCAGAUGUCGUUGUCAACAACCAUGUCAACAAUCGAUAUAUUCUGUUACAUAUUCUCCAGCUAAAUGGCCCUCUUUAUCUUUGCAAAUUCAACUUGGAUCUUGUAAUGGUACUGCAGUUGAAUGUAAUAAACAUUACAAGUGAGUUAUUUUCAAUUGAAUUUAAUUUUAUCAAAAAUUUUCAAUAGAAAAUUAUUUUUUCUAGAGAAAAUGGCGCAAUGGUGGAAGUAUUUUAUGAACAAUUGAAUUUUGAAAUGUUGACAGAAUCUGAAGCAUAUGGUGUAUGUUUAUUUCUUUCUCCUGAAUUUAAUUUGAAAUUUAUGAAUUUUUCAGUUCGUCAAUUUACUUGCCGAUUUCGGUGGUCAACUUGGUUUAUGGUGUGGUAUUUCAUUUUUGACAUGUUGUGAAUUUGUAUUCCUGUUUUUCGAAACCGCAUACAUGAGCGCUGAACAUAAUUAUUCAUUAUACAAAAAGAAGAAGGCUGAAAAAGGCCAAAAAGGCUGGAUCUAUUUGAUAAAAAAUGUUAAUUUUUUCCCUGUAUAAAAAAUGAAAAGUUUUUUGUCUUAAUUCUAUGAAAAAAGAUCUGACCAUUAAUCAUUCUGACCAUGUGUUUUGUAUGUUUUGCGAAAAGGUAAAAAAAACGAAAUGAAGUGAAAUGAUGCUUUGUUUGGAGCAUCUGCACACAAGAAUUGAUGAGUUUCAAGCGGAAAUAGGUAGAACUUUCAUACAGAAAAUAAAUAUUAGAAUUGAUCUUUGAUUUGGUGGUAAAAAAUCUGUAUAGUGCAAAAAUGUCUAUAUUGUAACAGUUCAGUUGGAAAAUGCACUUAUUUUCACACGAGCCUCAAACCAUUUUAAUGGUUUUGUGUAAAAAACAAUAUAUUGGCUAGAGUGAGUGAAAAAACUGAUAGAGAUGGAAAAGACAUCAGAAGUCUAUAAAUUUUUACGGUUUCGAAAAAAAUGUUUUCAAGAAUCUGAAACUGUGAAGAUUUCAGUACACUUCUUGAUUAUAUUCAGACAGGUUCAUCAAAAAUUUCCGAAAUAUUCUACCGCAAAAUUUUUGCGUAAAAGAGCUAAUACCCCAUUGUACAUGUAAAUGUAAAAGUAAACAAGAAAACUAAAUAUCGUUCAUCGAUACACAAAUAAUAAAGAACAAAACUAUAAUAUAAUUCUUCUUCUUCUUAUUCUUAUUCUCUAUUUAUACUAUUAUUCGAUUCGAAAUUCCCCCAUUCUCUAACAUCAUCCUCAAUUGUCGCAAACAUUCAAAAAGAAACGGAAAAAAUUGAGGCGGGGCGAAAAAUGGGCGGAGCUUAUUUUGGACCUUUACAUUAGACUAGUUGUUUUGUUUUUCUUUUUUUCCCUCGUAUUUCUUCAGGAUUCUCAUAGAUUUGUUUUUUAUUUGUUUUUUUAUGUUCACUGUUAACCUUAAUUUUCAAAUUUGACCUUCUUCUAAUUAGUACGACUAUUACCGUUUCGAAUGGUUUUGUUUGGCGCCAACCUUUUUUUUCUAGAAAUUUGAUUGGAAAAGUGGUUUUUCGACAGAAGUGAGAGGUUCAAAAAUGUUUGGGUUACCUUUAGUAACCUCAAUAUUUAUAUUAUUCAUCCCGGUGAUUUCUACAUCGUGUCCACAACAAUGUAGCUGCUCACCAAAUACAGUAAUCUGCACCGGAAAGCAAUUGACAAAGAUUCCUACCGAUAUUCCGCUAGAUACUCAUAGAUUGUAAGUUUUUCUGAUUUGUUUUUGAUUUAACCUAAAUUCCAUCUCUCUUUUGUUUUCAAAUUUAAAAGUUUAAGUGGAAAAUAGAUCAAAUAUGAGCAACAACAUUAUUAAAAAAAAUUAAAUUUCAGAGAUCUUCAAGAAAAUCGUAUCAGUGUUAUCAGAAGUGGCGAUCUUGAUCAUCUUCGUCAAUUAAAAAUUCUGUAAGUCCAUUUGACCCUUCAUAAAAUGAGAAUUACUCUAAAUAUCAACUCAACUAGAACCGUUUUGCAGACAAUUAAUGGACAAUAAUAUUCAUGCGAUUGAGGAACACGCAUUUGAUCGAUUGGAAUCUUUGGAAAGACUGUGCGUUUUAUUUUUGUAUAUAGAUUCGGGGCGCAAAAAAAAGAGAAGAGCGUUUUUUGUUGUUAUUUAUACGCAUGACAAAUUGCAUAUAAUUAAAAUGUUUGAAUUUCACUAUCGGAGUUUUUUUUCCUAUUCUCUUCUCUAUUGUGGAGAAGAAUUGUAUUGAGAAGUAGAAACUUUUUGUUGUUUGAAAAGGAAGCGAAAGUUUAGAGAACGAAAAUGUUACUAUAUUUUAGUUUGGGGCGAAACAUAAAUAUUUUGAAUAGAACUGCUACGUGUGACAGAAAACACGUGAGAAUUAUUAGAAACAAACAUUUUUGAUCUACCAAAAAUAGCUAUUUGGGGUAAACAUACUGUGUAGAUUAAACCUACUUUUCUUCAAAUACCUCACUGAAUUUUUCAGCCGACUGAAUCGCAAUCGGAUUCGAGCUCUUCCCGACGACAUUUUCAAACACAAUAAAAAUUUGCACAGAUUGUGAGUUUUACACUAUGCUUUAUUACUAAUACAACUAAAAAUUUCUUCAAAAAACCCUCUUGACAUCCUCAUCGUUUUUUAAUUAAUGUACUUUUUCUUCCCCUUUUUCCUUCUUCUCGUGUCAAAAAAUAUUACUACUCAUGUAAUAUAUUUCAUGUUUCAAAUUCCAACCAAUCAAGCAGAAAAAAACAUAAGUGUCACAAACUUAUCACUCAAUUUUUUUAGUUAGUUAGUUACAUAUGUUUUUGAGGAACACAAAAAUCCUACUAUUUUUUGUUUUUGGGAAAACAAUAUAAAUAAUAAUAAUUAGAGGGAGAACAAUUAGACUAUUAAGUGAUUUGUUGAAAGGUGAAGAAAUUAGAAACAAUAAUGGUUCAAGGUUAAAUAUGUUCCACUUUUGUUGAACUCCGUGGGAGGUCUGAGGUCUAGGUACAAAAAAAUGUUUCUCGAGUUUUUUUUUUGAAAAAAAAACGCAACAAUUCCUGUCAAUUUGGUGUCACUCGUUUUUCGCUCACCAAAAAAGAUAUAUGUUUAUUUGCACUUGUUUGAUAUUUUUCAAAUGUUCCGCUCGCUGCCGGGAACCAAAUAGAUCAAAGGGCGAACCCGCCUUUCUCAUUCUCACUCCGCCACAAAAAAAUCAGUGGCACAAGUGAUUCACCCUUGUAAAAAAAAGUCAAAGUUGAUGGGAACCUGCACUUGUCAUAAACUUUGAUUUUUUGAAAGUGGAUGAAAGGAGAAUUUAUGACGGUCGUUUACAAAAUGUGGUGCACCAACUGGCUGGCCAUUAGGCAUAGUUUCGAAAAAAUAACAUUAAAACACAUAAUGUUUUGUCAACUGAACGAUUUAUGGAUUUUUUUUAUUGAAGAGCCGGGGGAAGAUGAUAGACCACCCUAUUUAUAUAGUCAAGAGGGUAUAUAUUUUCAGUUUGAAGCGGACAAAGUUUCAAAAAACCUUGAUAAUUCUCAAAAACAUUUCAAACAAAAGUUUGAAAUGAUAGGAUGAAUAGGGUUCUCUGAAAACAAUAUUUUUUGAAGGUCAGAAAUUUCUAAACAAAAAUCUUCUCUUUCAAUUUUUCAGAGGAAAUAUUUCUGGUCACACUUUCUGUUCACAUUUCGAUCAACUUUUAACAUAUCCGUGUUAUCAUCAAAACUGAUAUCCGAUACACACCAUUAUGCAAAUCAUAAAGCUGUCAAUCAAAUUCCUGACAAGUUUUCUUUUCCAUUUCCAUUUGAUUGUUUCCUCAUCUUCUGAACACCAUUUGAUAUCAAUAUCAAAAACGAGGGGAGAAAUAUUUUAUUCUUAUCUUUUUCAAUUCACUCAUCUGGUAAUAAUUUGAUACCCAUAGUUCCCGAGAAAAGUAUAAAAUGUGUGUUUUUUUUUGAAACUGGAAGAAAAUGAGAAAAAAUAAUGUUUGAUUGACAGAUGAUCAAUCAAUUUAUACCCUUGAUCAAUUUGUUUUUUAUUUAAAAAAAAACAUGGAAUUCAAGUGAAGAAAGUUCAAGAGAAAUUCAAAUUGAAAAUGUUUGUUGGUGGAUAUUUUUAUGUUCAAAGUUAUUUGAAUUUUACCAAGUGUUUUCUUGAAAAAAAACUGAAUAAAUGCUUUUUUUAUUGGCAGAUGAUCAAUCAAUUUAGACCCCCGACCAAUUUGUUUUGUGUGUAUUUUUGAUCCUAGGGACUUCUUUUUCAACAAUAAAACAACCAAACAUUUUUAGUUUGUUUUUAAUCCCGUAAUUUGUCUGCAACAUUGCAAAAAAAAACACAAUUGAACUCUUGAGUACCACAUAAAAAUCUUCAAAAACACUUGUAUCCAUCCAUCCAUUAGAAUAUUUUUUCUUCUUCUCGAGAAUUACAAUUAUCAAUUCAUUUCAACAUUUUAUUUCAUUUCCUCAGGCUCUUCGAAAAAAGGGAUUAGUUUGAAUAUUAUAUGAUAUAACUAACAUUGAGCGUGUGAAGAUUACUUCUUUAAACACAUUUAUUAUGACAAUUUUUCACACAUUUACUCAUUAAGUAAAUAUGUAGUAUUUGAGUAGAUGGAAUAAUAUUGUUUGUUGUUAGAUCUUGAGAACUUUUUUUCAGAAAAUAAAGUGAACAAUGGGAAUAAAUAGAUACAGAAAGAAAAAGAGAAACAUAAACUGAAUUAAUCAUUCAUUUGAAGAAACACCCCAUUAAUGGUGAGGAUGACACCAUUCAAAUAAUGUGUUUUUUUGAACAAAGAGUGACUGUCAAAGAGGAAAGGGUUUCACUAUUUUUCUUUUAAUCAAAAAAUUGGAAGAAAAUGACCACAAUAAUUCACUUUUCAACAAAAAAACGGAAAAACAGUUGUCUCUCUUCUUUAUAAUUUAUGCCGGUCUCAAGAAAACCCUAAACACCAACACAAUAUUUUUUCAGAGACCUUAGCGAGAAUUUUCUCAACGUUAUCACUGAUGAGCAACUUCGAGGGCCGAAAAAUAUGCGAAAUUUACAACUCGACAAAAAUAAUCUCGUAUGGUUAGUUUGCAAAACACAUCAAUCAUUCAGUCCAUAUGUGCUUAAGAAACUUUGAAAAAAAUCUGAUUUUUUUGAGCACAGGAAAGAAGCAACAAAAAAACAGGGAAAUAGAGGGGAGCAAAAAACUGGAUGAAAUUUGAUGUUAAUGUUUGUAUAAAGAAAAAAGUGGUUUGUGAAAUAUAAUACCAACAAGGCUUCUUCGCGUUUUAUAUGGUCAUUCAAAUCAUAAAAUACGAUUUGGAGGGGCUUGAAUCAAGGGACUUAUACAUUAAGUUUCAAAAAUUUAGAAAAACAUCUGACCGUUUUCAGCUUGGAAACCAAUACAUUGUCACAAUGGAACUCGCUGGAAAUCUUAACAUUGAACAGCAAUAAUUUGACAACAAUUGGAGAGCUUGAUAUGAUGCCAAAUCUUCGACAAUUGUGAGAGAAUCAGAAAAAGCUUUCAAAAAAUGAAACAAAUUUUUUUCAGCCGACUUGCUGAAAAUCCAUGGCUUUGUGAUUGCCGUCUCAAAUGGAUGAAAAGAAGUUUAACUGGCCAAGCUGCAAGUCAUGCUAAAUGUGCAAAACCUGCAAUUUUACACGGAUCAACUAUAUCUGAUGUUGAUGAAUCGGUAAAAACCAAUUUUUAUGAAUACAAGUCAAAAAUACCUUUUUUCUAGUUGAUGAAAUGUUCUGGAAUCGAGAAACGCGCUACAAUGACUUGUAAAGAAACAAAAGUUUGUCCAGCAUCUUGCACAUGCACAGAAACUACUGUAGAUUGUCGCGAUCGUGGUUUAACCUACAUUCCAUCAAAUUUACCACCUUUGACAACUGAAUUGUGAGUGAUGAAAAGUGUUUUCUAUUUUGACUUUCAAAUAAAAAUUCAGGCGGCUUGAACAAAACCAAAUCACAUAUGUUCCACCACAUGCGUUCAAAAAUUUGGCAAAAUUAGUCAGGCUGUAGGUUUUAUUUGAAUGAAUAUAAGAAAUUUUCGCUUUUUGCAGGGAUUUGAGCAAAAAUUCAAUUAGCGAAGUUUCGGAUAGAGCAUUUGAAGGAUUACAGAGUUUGAAUUCGCUGUAAGUUUAUCGGAAUUAAAAUUGUGAUAAGCAAGAUUAGAGAAAAUUCGUAUUACUUUCAAAUUGCAGUUUCCAAAACACAAAUAUUUCGUUCCAGAGUUCUUUAUGGCAACAAUAUCACAGAACUUCCAAUUGACGCUCUCCGCGGUCUUGGAAAUCUUCAACUCUUACUCCUUAAUGCUAAUCAACUUCAAUGCAUCAGAAGUGGAACUUUUGAUCAUGUUCCAAAACUCAAUCUCCUCUCGCUUUAUGAUAAUCAAAUCAGAUCAAUUAGUGAAAAAACAUUCAAAAAUUUGACUCGACUUUCUACAAUUCAUUUGGCUAAGAAUCCAUUGAUUUGUGAUUGUAAUUUGGAAUGGUUAGCUAGAUGGAAUCAAGAGAGAAAUAUUGAAACAAGUGGAGCAAGAUGUGAGGGGCCGAAACGAUUGGCUAGAAAAAAGUUUGCAACACUUCCACUGAAUAAAUUCAGGUGUAAAGGUUUGUCAGAAUCAAUUUUAUUUUAGCCUUAACACAACUCUGUUGAUUUCAGCUUCUGAAUCAUUCAUAACUCAAUCUGCUGAUCAAUGCUUCAUUGAUUUCAAUUGUCCAAGUAUGUGUAUUUGUCACGGAACAACAGUUGAAUGCAGGUAAGAUCUUCUAAACAUCACAUCUUCUAGUUAUAAGCCUGCCUACCUACCCUUUUUCUCAUAAAAAACGAAUAUCUAAACAGACAGGUGGUGUGUUCCUCUAGUACAUUUAUCUUUCACAAAUCUUUUGUUUGAACAACCAACUGAUAUGUAUAAAAAUUAAUGGAGUUUAUGUUGGAUAAAUGCCAGCGGCGAACAUUUUUCGAAAAAAGAAAAAGAGAAAUGAAAGGAGACGAUUAGAUUGAUUACAUCGGGUCGAUGAAUGGAUUUUUGUUGUUUUUUUCUUUGCGGAAUUUUUGCGGAGCAGAGGGUUAAACUAAGGGGUCGACAAUAAACAGGAGGCUCAGAAUCUUGUCUGAUUUUGGAUGAAAUGAAAUUACCUGACUAAAAUAAGAUAAUUUUUCAGCAACAAGGAACUCGAAAAAGUGCCAGAAGAAAUCCCUCGUUAUACAACUCACCUAUUUUUGAAAAACAACCGGAUUUCAACAAUCUCAAUCAAUUCAAGUCUUCAUCUUCUAACAGCUCUUGUCAAAUUGGAUCUAUCUAAUAAUCAAAUUUCAAGUAUUGAAGAUGGAAGUUUGGCUAAUCUCAAAAACUUGAAAGACUUGUGAGUUUGCCUAAUUUAAUUAGAAUCACUAAAACAUUUAUGACUUCAGAAAUCUCUCAAACAACAAGCUGCGCCACUUUUCAAGUUCAUUCCUUGGGCGAUCUUCUUUGCUCGAAGUUCUGUAAGUUUCCAGAGUGUUUUUUUUCUUUUCGUUUUCAGUUUGCUAACCUAUUUUAUGUUGUGUGGUUUACCCUUCCCUAUUUUUAGUGUGCUUCGUAGUAACCAUCUGACAUGUAUCAACACAUUCACUUUUGCCAAUCUGACACAUCUUCAGUUUUUGUAUGUUUCUUGGUUUUUUCUUUGAUUUUUUUUUAGUUUGGUGUGGGGGAAAUGCUUGUUUGGAAAAUAUGCCAAAAACAAUUUUUUUAGGAGUUUGGCCCAGAAUAAUAUUCAAUGCCUUACAGCAAAAGCAUUUGAAGGAAUGAAUGAAUUGAGAUCAAUGUAGGUUUUUUUUAAUAAUUAAAAAAAAACUCACGGACUAUUUUCAGCCAAAUAUCUGGAAAUGAUAUUCCGUGCGAUUGUCGAAUUUCCCCGAUCGUGGAAUGGCUUCAAGCAAAUUCAACAAGAAGUCUCGACACUGAUCAAUGUCCCAAUUCUGCAUCAGCAUCGAUUUCGCAACUCAAUUUGAGCAAUCUAAAAUGUUCAGAUCAUUCAAAUGAAAUGUGUUCAGAAAGUGGAGAUUAUUGUCCACUUGGUUGUACCUGUCAAGAUAAUGUUGUCCGUUGCUCCAACAAAGAUCUCACUGAUUUUCCAGCUGGUAUUCCAAUUGAUACAGUCGAGUUGUUUUUAGAUUCGAAUAGAAUUCAAGAGAUACCAAUCGACCAAAUCAGCAGAUUAAGUAACUUGGUGAAGCUGUAAGUUUUGAAAUGGUUUAUUGAAUUUUAAUUAAAAACAUCAUAUUUUUCAGAGAUCUUUCACACAAUCAAAUCAUCUCUAUUGAAAAUCACACAUUUUCAAAUCUGACAAAGCUAUCUACUUUAAUUAUAAGUUAUAACAAAUUGCAAUGUUUACAACCACAAGCUUUUGCUGGAUUAAAUGGUCUCCGUAUUUUAUCACUACAUGGAAAUGAUUUAUCAGUUUUGCCAGAAUCAGCUUUUGAGAGUUUGAAAAAUAUCACACACAUGUAAGUAUUUCAAUUUUUGUCUCACAUCAGUUUUUACAAUAAUAUUCAUUUCUUUUUUCCAGUGCUGUUGGAAGUAACUCACUUUACUGUGAUUGUCAAAUGUCUUGGUUUUCUCGCUGGAUCAAACAACGUUUUGUGGAAGCUGGAAUUGCAAGAUGUGAAUCACCGAAAUCUGUGGCAAACCAACUUCUUCUAACUGCCCUCCCAUCACAAUUUGUGUAAGUCUGAAACAAGAUUAUUAAUAGAGAAAGAGAUUUAGAAAAGAGAAAAAAAAGAAUAAAAAAUAAAAAAGGAAACAUUCUCGUAAAUCGACACAAGGGGCGCAUAAUGUCUCUUAGGCAGUGUGAAUAGCGGAGUGUUGUUCUUUUGUGUUGAUUUACGAGACAUUUUAACACUUCUUAUAAAAAAUUAUUUUUCAAUUUUUUUAGAUGCUCUAACCCAAUUCCCAAUAAUAUUGCUGCGAAAUGCAACGCUUGUUUGAAUUCGCCAUGUAAAAACAAGGCAAAAUGUUCAGCAACAAGUGGAAAAGAUUAUGAAUGUCAAUGUCCAGCUGGUUAUCACGGAAAAAAUUGUGAACUUCAAAUUGAUGCUUGUUAUGGACAUCCGUGUAUGAAUAAUGCUACUUGCAAAGUAAGAAAUGUUUAUUGUUUCAACAAAUAUGUUUAAUUUUUUACAGGUUAUUCAAGCUGGUCGAUUCUCUUGUGUUUGUCCAAAAGGUUUCGAAGGCGCAUAUUGUGAGAAAAAUAUUGAUGAUUGCUUGAACAAUAAAUGUCAAAAUGGUGGGAAAUGUGUGGAUCUUGUGAAUUCUUAUCGCUGUGAAUGUCCUGCAGAGUUUUCUGGUAAAUUCUGCGAUAAUAAAUUGGAAUAUUGCAGUAAAGGAUUGAACCCAUGUGAAAAUGGAUCGAAAUGUCACAAGAAAAAUGAUUCUUAUGAGUAAGUCAAACAUUUUCAAAUUAAUUUUAUAACAAUAAAUAUAUGUUUAGAUGUUCUUGCUUACCUGGAUUUGAAGGCAAAAAUUGUGAAACAAAUAUUGACGAUUGCGGAAACCAUGAAUGUCGAAACGAAGGAAUUUGUGUUGAUGGAAUCACAACAUAUUCUUGUAGAUGUGUUAUGGGUUUUACUGGACAAUUUUGUGACAUUCCACCAAUGGAUGAAAAUAUGUAUCAGAGCACAGCAUCUUGUCAAAGUAGUAUGUGUGGAAAAGGAUCUUGUUAUCAUAAUGAAGAAUUAAAUGAAUAUGAAUGCCGAUGUAAUGAAGGAUUUGGUGGACCAAAAUGUGACAAACAACUUUCAAUUGGUUUUAAUAGAAUCGGAAGUUAUCUCGCAUUAGAACCAUGGGAGAAUAAUGGAAAUGUUAGUAUGAUUCUUCGAACAACUAAUAAAACAGGAUUACUUUUUUAUUACGGAGAUGAGCAUUUCUUAUCUGCCGAGUUAUUCGAUGGAAGAAUUAAAGUUGCAUUCUACAUCGGAAACUAUCCAGCAAGUCAUAUGUAUAGUUAUGUCACAGGUUUGUUUGAUUUCAUAUGCAAUAUUUUGAGAAAUCUUGAUUUUGUUUUUAGUUAACGACGGAAUGCCGCAUAAGAUUUCUCUAUCAUUAGAUGGGAAAAAAUGUCACCUUCAAGUUGACGAAAAUCCAGUUCAAACAGUUGAAAAUGAUGGAAAAAUCAAUAAAAUGGAUGUUGGUUCAAAGCAAUUGUUAUAUCUUGGAGGUCUCCCUGAAAAAGAGGCAAAUCGUGCAAAAAAUAAUUUCCAUAUUCGAGAGCAAGAUAGCAUGAAAGGUAAUAUUUUUGAAAAAGAAAAAUAGUAUGUUAUGUUUAUUUCAGGAUGUCUUUCACAAGUUCACGUGAAUGGAAAAUUGAUAGACUUGAAAACCGCUGUGGAAAAUGUUAAAACAGAUGAAGGCUGCUCUUCAGUUAUUGAUUUAUGUUCUGGAGUUGAAUGUGGCCAUGGAACUUGUGAGACAAAUUCGACUUCACACACAGGAUACUUCUGUCGCUGCAAACUUGGAUAUUCGGGUGAAAAAUGCAGUGAAAGAGAAAUCACAUGUAACAAAGAUAAAUUCCGAAAAUAUCAUAUUGAAGGAGAUUGUCAAAGUGUUGAUGAAAUCAAAAAUGCCGAAUGUAAUGGUUAUUGUGGGGAUGGAGAAGUGAGUUUCAUUUUUUUGAUGAGGGAAAAUCCAAUAAAUGAAAAUUUUUCAGGAAUGUUGUCACGCUGUGAAAACUAAAAAACGCCGUGUCAAAAUGACAUGUAAGGAUGGAUCACAGUAAGUUUUAAUGUUUAAGUUUGAUAUCUCAAUUCAAUAAUAACUUUUUUUCAGCAAAAUUGCGGUGGUAAAUAUAAUUCGAAAAUGUCAAUGCGUCGAUUUUUGUCCGGCCAGAGAUUUCAUUAAAUUCGUUCGAUAA